UUUUUUUAUUCUUGGUGGUGAAGGUAGACAGGAGAGCAGGAGCCAAUCAGUGAUGAAGAGGCCAGCUGUAAGAUUUGUCCAAUCAGGCAGUCCAAGGUAGGUGGUCUCUUCCGGUGUCAUGGCGUCAAUUGCAAGGCCAGGGCAAAAAAGGGAGUGCUGGAUGUUUGCUCGACAACUGUUUUUUGCUUCUGUUCUCCGUGGACUGCUUAGAAAUAACCUGGGAGACCUCCAAACAACGCAAUGGAAGUGGUGACCUUUGAGGAUGUGGUCGUGAACUUCAGCAAUGAGGAGUGGACUUUGCUGAGUCCAUCCCAAAAGAACCUCUACAGAGAUAUGAUGGGUGAAACCUUUAGGAACUUGGCUGCAAUAGGAGGACUUGGGGAUAUCGAGGAACCUGGAAAAGAAUGCAAAAUUUACUGGAGAUACUUAAGAAAUGACAAGCUAGGUAAAUCCUAUGGACAUACAUCUUGGAAUCAGUGUAAAGAAGUAUUCCCUUGUACUGCAGAAGGUAAUGUGAAUGUGAAAGAAGCAGAAACACACCACAUUAUUCAGAUCCAUGAAAAAUAUUGCAGUGGAGAGAAAUCCUAUGUAUGUCAGCAAUGUGGAAAAGGGUUCACCAAAUCUGGACAUUAUAAGCAACAUGAAAUAAUUCACACUGGAGAGAAACCCUAUGUAUGUAAGCAAUGUGGGAAAGCUUUUAACACACGGACAAACUGUAAAAUACAUGAAAGAAUUCACACUGGAGAGAAACCCUACGUAUGUAAGCAAUGUGGGAAAGGUUUUACCCAACAUGGAGCUUGUAAGCAACAUGAAAGAAUUCACACUGGCAAGAAACCAUAUGUAUGUAAGCAAUGUGGGAAAGCUUUUACCACACAUAGAAAUUGUAAGGCACAUGAAAUAAUUCACACUGGAGUGAAACCAUAUGUAUGUAAGCAAUGUGGGAAAGCUUUUAACACACAGGGAGGUUGUAAGAAACAUGAAAGAAUUCACACUGGAGAGAAACCCUAUGUAUGUAAGAAAUGUGGGAAGGCUUUUAACACAGGGAAUUAUUUUAAGAAACAUGAAAGAAUUCACACUGGUGAGAAACCAUAUGUAUGUAUGCAAUGUGGGAAAGCUUUUACCCAACAUGGACAUUGUAAGCAACAUGAAAGAACUCACACUGGAGAGAAACCCUAUGUAUGUAAGCGAUGUGGGAAAGCUUUUAACACAUGGGCAAGUUGUAAAAUACAUGAAAGAAUUCACACUGGAGAGAAACCCUAUGUAUGUAAGCAAUGUGGGAAAACCUUUACCCAACAUGUACAUUGUAAGCAACAUGAAAGAAUUCACACUGGAGUGAAACCGUAUGUAUGCAACCAAUGUGGGAAAGCUUUUAAUACACGGGCAGAUUGUAAGAAACAUGAAAGGAUUCACACUGGAGAGAAACCCUAUGUAUGUAAGCAAUGUGGGAAAGCUUUUACCCAACCUGGACAUUGUAAGCAACAUGAAAGAAUUCACACUGGAGAGAAACCAUAUGUAUGUAAGCAAUGUGGGAAAGCUUUUAACACACGUGCACAUUGUAAGGCACAUGAAAUAAUUCACACUGUAUUGAAACCAUAUGUAUGUAAGCAUUGUGGGAAAGCUUUUACCCGACCUGGACAUUGUAAGCAACAUGAAAGAAUUCACACUGGAGAGAAACCCUAUAUACGUAAGCAAUGUGGGAAAGCUUUUACCCAACAUGGACAUUGUAAGCAACAUGAAAGUUCAUAUUCAAGAUAAAAGCAGUGUAUAUAAGCAUCAUGAGAAUUUUUUGACCCCAAUUACAUAUUGCAUAAUGCAUGAAAAACUUCACACUGGGCAGAAAACUUAUAUAUGUAAGGAAUGUGAGAAAGGUUUCAGCAGAAAUGCUCAUUGUCCAAUACAUGAAAAAAUUUACACUGUUGAGAAACCCUGUUUAUGUGAAGAAUGUGGGAAAGCUUUCACCACACAUGGAUUUUGUAAAAUACAUCAAUGCCUCCACACUGGUGGAGAAACCCUAUGCAUAUAACAAUGUGGCAAAGCUUUUACCACAUACAGGCAUUGCAAAACACAUGAAACAAUUCACACUGGGAUAAACCACUGGCUACGUAAGCAAGUGGAGACACUUUCAGCAUCCAAAUUGUAAGUGAAAUACAUGAAGAAACUCACACAAGAGAUAAAUCCUAUUUGUUAUGGGAAUUCUCUCAGCACACAUGAUCAUUGUUACAUAUCUGAAAGAGCUCACUGGAUCCUAUGUGUAUUAACAGUGUGGAACAUAUGGCAAUCCAUGUUUGUUGUUAAAUACAUAGAAAAAGCAGCACUCUUCACACAGUUUAGAUCUAAGUUUAUUUUAAAAAUUCCAAGUAGACCUGAAGAAAUAAUCAAUACAGAAGUUUGAUGUCAAUAUUUCUUCACAAAUUUUCCAGAAAUGACAAAUCUGAAGUGGAGCUCUACUCAAGUACCCAUUUUGUAUGGUUUUGAGUUAAUCACUUAUACCUCUUUAGAUUUUUUAAUGUGUCUUUGUGCUUCAACAUGGCAUCUUGUAAAUAAACAUGGUAAACUGA